AAAACAUUUUUCCAUAAACAAAAAGCCAAAAUAGCGGAGAAGAGAGUGAAGUUCUUGAAACCAAAUCCCUAAUUUCAUUCUUAAGAACAAAGAUUCUAGUUGGGUGGCUACAACAAGAGCACAAUCUUCAGAAGAGCGACAAUAUUCUAUUGAUGAAAAGGAGCUGGAGAAAGCUUGAACUCUAUUCUUUCAGAGGUGACAUUUAGGGUAUGCAUCUUCUAUUUGGAUGAAAUUCGUUUUUUCUUCCAAUUAGGUUUCUCAAAGUGUUGUGCCCAUUUCUAUGAUUUGGGAUUGUGACAUCUUGAACAGAAGCUUAGAUGAAUCUGGAACAACUACUUACAUAAGAAUUGCUUUGGUGGUCACUCUAUUCCCCUGGCACCAUUUCAAUGUUGGAAGGAGAGUAGCUAGCUUAUUCAACUGUAACUUCUUUUCAUCAUUUGUUCUUCUUCCUUUUAUGUUUAAUGUAUAUUUAGGCUGUAACUUUGUCUAUUCUUGUUCUUUCUUUCUUUUUGAACCGAGUUUGGUUGGAACACUGCUGAUCCUCCUUCAAUACCCUUUCGUU